CUGCCCGACGGCACCGCUGCGCCGUGCGCUCAGCCUGCACCCUCACCGCCCUGCGCCCUCGGAGCCCUGCGCCGUGCGGCAGCCAGCCCCCGGCCAGCCCCGCACCCCCAGCAUGCUGAGCACCUAGGACCCCUUGCCACCACCUGGUGACAGCCAGCACCAUGGAGUCGGUGGCUCUGUACAGCUUCCAGACGACAGCGAAGGACGAGCUGCCCUUUAAGAAAGGAGACACUCUAAAGAUCCUCAACAUGGAAGAUGACCAGAACUGGUACAAGGCUGAGCUGUAUGGCUGCGAGGGCUUUGUUCCCAAAAACUACAUCAAGGUCAAGCCACAUCCGUGGUACGUGGGCAGGAUCUCCCGGCACCUGGCAGAGGAGCAGCUCCUCCAGCGCAAGCACCCCGGAGCCUUCCUGAUCCGUGACAGCGAGAGCACCCCGGGCCACUUCUCCAUCUCUGUCAACUAUGGACAGCAUGUCCAGCACUUCAAGGUGCACAGGGAGAAGAAUGGCAAAUAUUUCCUCUGGGAGGAAAAGUUCAACUCUCUCAACGAGCUGGUGGACUUCUACAGGACAACCACCAUCUCCAAAAAGCAGCAGAUCUUCCUCCGGGAUGAGGACCAAAGCCAGGAGGUGAGGAGACCCAAAUUCGUGCAAGCUCAGUUUGACUUCUCAGGCCAAGAGGGCUCUCAGCUGCCCUUCCUCCGUGGGGACAUCAUCGAGGUCCUGGACUGCCCUGAUCCCAACUGGUGGCAGGGGAAGAUCUACGGGCGCGUCGGCCUCUUCCCCCGUGCCUACGUCCACCCCAUCCGCAAAUGGCGUCCGACAGCGCACGAGGUCCCAGUGCAGCGUGGGUUGUGCUGGAGAUGGACCCCCCAGCCAUGGCUCUUCCUCCUCCCCUGGCCUGGGAGACCUCCACCAGCCUUAGCAUCUCCUCUUGCCGUGGGCUGACAGCCCUGCUCUCCAGGGAACACUGAACCAGGGCCACAAAAACUGUUCCAGAGCCACAGUCCAGUGGGAUGACAGUAAUAAGAGGGAAGAGCAGAUGUGUCCCAAACCUUUGGUCCUCUCCAGACCCUGUAGGCAAAGCCUCAGCUCCAAAGAGGCCUGCAGGCAGCCAGGAUGCAGCCAGGUUUGGUAACUCCACAGAAGGGUGCUGGGGCACAGGGUGCUCAGGGAAGGCUGCUCCCGGGGGAAUCAGUCCUGUGGGUGCUGCAAAUUGUGGUGUUCUUUAAUAGUGCUUUUUAUUUAGAGCUAGUAAAACAUCUUUGGGUGACA